AUGGACCAGAAAUUGCUUUCCUCCCUGUCAGAAUCUGCACACCUCGGAAAUCUUUUCCCCGCGAACGACGCUUCAGCAAACAUUAUUUUAAAAGCCAACUCAAGAAUACCCAAUGUCAUGAACUUUGCGGUUCCAAAAUUUCAAAAUGAGGACUGCAGACAGGUAACUUUUUAAAUGAAAAGGUACUUCAAUUUGCCGCGCAACACGAAGCCGAAUUCCAUGAUAUGGUGCGCUAUGAUUGUUUUUUUUGUUGUCAUUACGACUUCUGCUUCCUAGUAAUUCUAAUUUUGGGUCAUUAAUGUCAGAAAAAGGUCUGCCAGACAGGGCAAGAGUUUAAGAAAUGUAAGUCUAAGCCCCUAGUUCCAACUUCUACACGGACACUGGGCAUUGUUGCGUCUGAUCAAAACGGCGUCUAAGUGCAUAUAUGGUGCAGCCAGAGUGGCCGCCUUAUGCUACCCAGACACUGCGUUCGAUUUCAUGCCCACCAGUUUGACCGUUGCGGGCGACGAUGUCCACCGCGUGCUCCACGGAGUGGGCACAGCACUGGUAGCUGGCGCGUGAUGUAGUUUGAAGUGCGGCAGACUUUCGCAGAACAUACCGUACUCUCUCCUCCCUUUGCCCCCCUCCUCCUGUGGCAAGGUAAUGUCAAGACGACCGAAGGCAGAGUCAGGCGCAGUGGCUGAACAGCUCGUCUACGUGCUCUACACACCACCUGGUCCCCAUAACAUGUCUCGGGCUUUCCUGGGGUUGGCUGUGAUCUAUUAUAUAUGGGUGUCGUAAAGGCCACGUUAAGAAGGAACCGCCGGAACUUGACUCUCAAUCCUGGGAAGAACUGAGUUAUCCAGUCUCGGCGUUUAUACCAUAGGCAGACCUCGGCCACUACGACUUUUAGGCCAGGUCCUUAGUAGGAAGAGAAGACGUUAGGCGCUGAUGGAUAGGCAGUAGAGUGAGUUGGCAGUCGGACAUGUGGCACACGCCUUGGACGAGAGCAUGAAAUUAAUUAGCCGGUUUGGAUAGCUAUGAGUGGUCGGAAACCAUACAACUUUUCUUGAUUUUAGGGGUAAGCAGACGCGAUAGGGGCACCACAUGGAGCCAUCAGAAUUCCAGAUAAACAACUUCUGCCGAUGCAUACAUGCAAGUAUGCGCGAGAGACGCAGUGUUGCGACAGGGGCCCAGGGUAGAGCCACUUCAAUUUCGUCACUUGAUAGCCUUUCGAGCUACGGCCGAUAGCGAUUCGUGAUAUAGUCCAACGCGUCAGAUUUACUACUUCGAAGUAUGCGUUGAUUGGUUGUGGGGAUGGGUUCCCCAGAGUCGACCUCUCACCAAUGGACUGUCUGAGCCUGUUAACUUGCUGGAGAUGGGAUUUGGUGUGCAGUGGUUGACGCGACUUAAGGGCCUACAUCCAAGGUGGUGGCAGUCAGGGCUCUCGGGAAAUGGAGAACGUAAAAUUGAUGUAAUUGUGUAAGAUUUCCUAAUUAUAGCAAACCCUACACAUCUUACGGUAUCACUACCUGUUGAAUGUUGUAGCCAAACGAUGCCAACCGGUAAGACGAACUUAUUCAGGUUACAGUAGCUGCAGCGACCAUGACCUCAUGAAACUCCCAUCAAUGCGAUACAAACCUUUGGGAGGUCUGAUUCAUGUGGAGUAAGGGGUCAACACGUGCGUGGCACCCACAGGUGCAGACUUGGUGUGAGGUCAGCUACUGCAAUCGCUCCAGUCAUCUUGGGUCAGCGUUGCCAUUCGAACAGGAUAACUGCGAGAGGUCAAAGGCAGGUCAACGCUGCGCCAGUCUCCCUCACCUCGCCUCUUGGCAUGUUAAAUGGGCAAACAAUGAUGUCGACAAAUAAGUGAAGAAUGGCCUUUUGGUAGACUUCUAAAUCGCUUUAGGAUAUUUAGCAGGAAUCUUCCUUUUUAGUGUAUAUAUUUUCUAAAACUCUGACAGUUUACUUUCGUUGCCGUAGUUUUGACCCUUUAUAGCAUUAAAUGGUCCUCAAGUUGAGACGCUUCCAGUGCUCAGGGGGUUAUUGUCAAAGUUGGCGAGUUUUCUAUCUACUACCACCAAAAUCUACACGUACAGACAGCAGUUAGUUACUUAAAAAAUUGCCUUUACGUUUGCCUCAUAGAUUUAUUGUUGGGGGCUCAGCGGGGGGAUGGGGAAAGCAGUUGCAUGCGCUGAGGACUUAAAAUCCGCAUGGACUGCCAUCACCUCGCAUUCCGGCUCAUCCCUCUUCCAGUUCUCUCGAAUCUUCUCGCACGCAGCAGAAACGACUAUAGACGAAUUCACGGUGAAAUCGGUAAGCUUGUCAUUCCCUUCCUCUUCUUCUUCUUAUUCCUCUUCUUCUUCUUCUUCUUCUUCUUUCUUCUUUCUUCUUUCUUCUUCUUUCUUCUUCUUCUUCUUCUUCUUCUUCUUCUUCUUUUUCUUCUUCUUCUUCUUCUUCUUCUUCUUCUUCUUCUUCUUCUUCUUCUUCUUCUUCUUCUUUCUUCUUCUUCUUCUUCUUCUUCUUCUUCUUCUUCUUCUUUCUUCUUCUUCUUCUUCUUCUUCUUCUUCUGAUCAAUUCCAUUUUCAUUCUUAUUUCCACCAGGUUGGAGCAGAUGCUUUUAACACUCACGAAUCGGAAUAUAUUUGGUGAGGCUCUUUCGCUCUCCUUGUACAUGGAGCGUACAUGCGUAAACGGCAACAUUUACAGAUACCAAUGAAUUUCACGACAGUUUAUCAGUUGCAACUUGACGCUGCAUAACACAAAUGACACAAAUGCCCUCCAACCUACUUGUCAAGCCAGGAGGUGGAACAAUAACAGACACAUAAUUUAGGGCAUGUUUUCGAUGAAUUCUUAUCAAACCAGUGCGGAUAUACAGACUACUUACACCUGGGUGGGUAGUUGGAUAAAAUUUAGUCGGUUGGCCAGGUCCAUACAGUUCGGGCAGGCCUUUUCUACUAGCCCCAUGUUCUCCUGACAAGGUGUCGUUGUUUACUGCGCACGAAGCUGUGAAUUUUUGAAUUUUUGAUCUCUAAUCCAGCCGUUAGGCCAUUGAACUUUUAGUUAAUUUAGUAGGACAGUUCUGCUGUGAGGUUUUAAAUCAUCUGGCAUGCGUAGGGUUAUGUUUACUGUGCUGUAGUUUAACAAAGAACUCGACUUUUGGCCCGUUACAGCUUCUUUUUUUGAUGACACUUUCUGUGUGCGAUGAUUUUAACGUAAGGUGAGUACUAAUAGCUGCUCUGAGGCUCACCUUGAUGAAUGCCACUUUCUUUUAUACGCCAAAGGGUAGGAUUGGCCCCCUAAACUUGUCACUAAGCGGCCUCUUUCAAAGCCAAAUCUAGUAAGAAAUUUCGAACUACGUAAGGGAUUAAAGUAGGCACAGCAAAUCCCAGGAAGUUUGUCCGCGACCUUUCUCACUUUUGGCACUUUUCAAGUUGUACGUGCUUUAUUUCACUUUGGUCGAGAAUGAGCUUAUGCAAUUGGGUGAAGUCAUCCCGGUAGCGUACCGAGCUUAUGCCAUCUGUCCAAACACCAACACCAAGCCGAAGCCCUUCCUAAUACCGGACAUCUGCGCGUCUAGCAUGUUUGAUAGGACCUAGCACUUCGGCAAAUUUACACCUUUUCCUGCAUACAUCGCUAUCUGGCAUUUGGAAUUAUUCCUUCUGUUUCUCCAAUGUCAGGAGAAGCCGGCAAUCGUUAUAAUUCUUUCCAAGGAUCCGCCAUUAGACAGGAGUUUCUCAAACCUGAUUCCUCCUCCGGGUUCCGAUGCCCAGUCCAGUGAAGUACCUAUUCGCAGUCAGCGACAGAGCAAACACCUAAAGAAGAAGCGUCGCAACCAGGACGACCGGGCGCCAUCCUCCGCUCCCCACAAAAAGUCCAGAUCAGAGAAGGGUAAACAACUCGCAAUGGAACCCAAGAGCACCGAUGCUCGGACGGAGGAAGCGGAGGAAUUGAAAGGCGUUGUCAAUUUUUGUCAUCGUUUAAUGCCGGCUAGCAAGACUUCAAAGGCCGCAGUGGAACUGCGUCUUGGUAGCUGUGAUCGCCCGACGUAA